AACUGCCUGACGGAUUUCCUGGGCGAGUGUGAGGAGGAACUGCAGGCAUUGAAGAACCUCAAGAAGACUGAGAGAGGCCUUCUCUAUGGGGUCCCCAUCAGCCUCAAGGACACCUAUGACUGCAAGGGCCAUGACUCUAUGUGUGGCCUGGCCCAGUUCCUGGAGAAGCCCACGGCCAAGGAUGGGGUCAUUGUGAAAGUGCUCAAGGCUCAGGGAGCUAUUCCCUUCGUUAAGACCAACAUCCCCCAGACACUGCUCAGCCCCUUUUCUUCUGUUUCCCUCGGCUUUUAUUGCAGCAACCCCAUCUAUGGACGGACCCUGAACCCUCUGAAUUUAAAGAAGACACCUGGGGGCUCCUCGGGGGGUGAGGGAGUCAUGCUGGCACAAGGGGGUUCCAUCCUGGGCACGGGGUCCGACACUGCUGGCGGCAUCCGCAUACCAGCCAGUUUUUGUGGGGUCUUGACUACAGUGGCUGGCCCCAUAGCCCGGGAUGUGGAGAGCCUGGUGCUGUGUAUGCGAGCCCUGCUAAGUGAAGACAUGCACCGAUUGGACCCCACUGUGCCUUUCAUGCCCUUCAGGGAGGAGGUAUACUCCAGUAACCAGCCCCUUCGAAUUGGCUACUGUGAAUCAGAUGGCUUCGCCCAGCCAACUCCUAGCAUGGCCAGGGCCAUGAGGCUCACCUCCAGGCCGCUCCAGGCUGCAGGAGGACAUCAGGUCAUCCCCUUCUCCAUCCCCCGUAUAGAGUGUGCUGUCGAACACCUGCUCAUGGGAGGUCUGUUUGCUGAUGGAGGGGCCACCCUUCUGGAGAAGCUUGAGGGGGACAUUGUGGACCCUUGCAUAAAGACAGUGAUCAACAUGCUCCGCCUGCCAGACCCUCUCAAGUGUUUCUUGGCCUAUAUCCUGAAGUACAUAGAGUAUCAGCAAGAGUUCAUAGCCAAGUGGAGGUCCUUGGACCUGGAUGUUCUGCUGACACUACCGCUAACCCCUGCCUUCUCUACAGACCAUUCUAGCAUGGCAUUAGACGGGCAACGUCGCAAGCCCAGAGGGCUGCAGUUCCGAGAAGGACCCCGAGGGGGCGCUCACCCAACACUCUUCCCCACCUGCCUCUUUCGUCCCCUGACCUGGGCUGGCCGGGAUCUUCCUACGGUUGUCUCCUCCUACUGGAGCCUGUACAAUGUCCUGAACUUCCCCGCUGGCGUGGUGCCGGUCAACGCGGUGACGCUGCAGGACGAGGAGGAACUGGCCUUCUACAAGGGAUACUACGGAGACAGUUCUGACAAAUCUUUCUGGGAGGCGGUACAAGGAUCCGUGGGACUUCCUGUGGCUGUGCAGGGCGUUGCUCUGCCAUGGGAAGAGGAGCUGUGUCUCCGGUUCAUGAAGGAGGUGGAGACCUUGGCCAAGAACCACAGGGGACCUGAGUGAUUAGGCCACUCCUCCUGGAGGCCUUCCUACAUCCCCAUCCAAGUCUGCUCCUGAUGCCUCUUCUCGUGAAUACUAUAUCUGCCUCAUGUUUUCUCCUCCCAGAAGCCCACCAGAUUCCCUUUUCUUUGUUGUCUUUCUGCAUGGGUACUCAAUACACGGACUCCUCAGAUUGGCCCAAGAUGGGGCACAGGGUGAAGGGCUC